UCACCGUGUGCUCCUCGUAAAUAUGUUUUGAUAACAGUAACUGGUAGGUAACUUGAUCGAUAACAGAUUAUAAAGAACUGAUGAGAUACCUGACAGUUUACUUUGGUCUGGUGGUAGCUGCUAGUCUGACUCUCACAUUUGAAUCAUCUAGCUUUACUGUGGUUAUGUGAAUGAUGCUGGAUACUCAUCGUCUGAUAUGCCAGCUAGAGCCCUGUUUUACUUGGACGCCCUCCUAAACGUGGCGUUUUGUUCGAAUAAACUAAUGCAAUAAACCACAGCAUGAAGUCAAUGAAAGUAAGUCCAGAGUUUCCUGCGAGGGAUGCGAAUUCACCAGUUUCCCAUAAAUCACUUUUUUCGGAGAAAGACGUUCUACAAACUCAUUACCUCCAAACCACGGGAAGUUGUCGUCGCAUAUUGGAGCACUGGAGAAUGAUCCUCGUGGUCAUCGUUCCUCUCGUCGCAAUGAUCGUCUUCUCGUCGUUCAACUUGUCAGAAGCAAUCCAGCUGAAGGAGACAACAGCGAUAGCGACUUCGCGAAUUAAUUCUGCUAGGUAUCUCACCAAAUUUAUACAGACAAUGCAGCGAGAAAGAGGGAGGUCCGCCACAUUUAUAAGCUUAAACACGAAAACGAAUGAAUCUUAUGCUGUCCUUCAAACAGCACAAAAAAACACUGACAAAGCUGCCCACAAUUUGGUGUUUGAAACUGACACGAUUACUGUGAAUAACACAAAAUUGACAAAACUCGAAAUGAUAGCUGACAUAUUAGAAAUACGACGUAAAAUAAACACAUCCUCUUUGUCUGUUCUAGAGGCCUUGGAGUUCUUUACGAAUAUAAAUAAUGCUUUAAUGGAAGACUUAUUUGUCAACAUAGACAUUCCUUCUGGGAAAAAUCUACACUCUAAGCUUAUGGUUCUGGUGUUUCUACUCCGCCAUAUUGACCUUGUUGGGUUACAGAGGGCGAGGAUUGCCUACCUAUUCACCACGUGUGACUUUAAUAGUAAAGAGAUCCAAGUAUACAAAUACAUCGAAGGAAAAGCCCAGUCUUAUCUCAGCAUUGUAUUCAACUACGAUUCCAACAUCAAAAAGGCCUACAUGGAGAACGACCUUAAUGCAGAUGAAUAUAUGGAUAAAGUCAACGCGGAACUUUGGUCAGAAAGUUAUGCUUCUGUUUGCCGAAACCAAACGGAAAGCGAGCGGUUUAUCAAAAGUGGAGAAUGGUUCAGAAAUGUAAGCAAGUUUAUUGACUUUGCCUUUGUAAUAUAUCACAAUUCGUCCGAGCUGCUGAAGAAUUCUCUGUCGACCAUCAGUGAUGAGGCAGACUUCCGGUUUGCUUUGUUUUCGUCCUUGCAGGUCAUUUUGACGUUAACCAGUUUUGUUCUAUUGGCCUGGUACAUCACAUGUGUAAACCGAAUGACUAUACGUUUGACUAAGUACGCUAACGAGAUAAAGUCAAAAACUAAAGAGCUUGCAGUAGAAAAACGUCUGACAGAGAAACUGUUGUAUCGCAUGCUACCCAUGAAAAUCGCUCUUCAACUGAAGGAGGAGGGAUUUGUACCCGCUGAAGAGUUUCCUGAGGCCUCUGUUUACUUCAGCGACAUCGUUGGAUUCACUUCUUUGUGCAGUAGAUGUCGUCCAAUGCAGGUUAUAGAUCUCCUCAACGAAAUUUACUCCCUCUUUGAUACUUGCAUUGACAAGUAUGAUGUGUACAAAGUCGAGACGAUUGGAGAUGCCUACAUGGUCACCAGCGGAAUUCCUGUUUCUAAUGGAACUGCGCAUGCGCUUCACAUCUGCAAAAUGGCUCUGGACAUCCGGAAUAGCAUGACGGACUUCAAAUCCCCCGUGCAUAUCGACGAAUUUAUCCGCAUACGCAUAGGAAUACACUCAGGUCCCUGUGUGGCGGGAGUGGUCGGCCGGAAGAUGCCCAGGUACUGUUUGUUUGGAGACACCGUCAACACCGCCUCUAGAAUGGAGUCCACAGGCGAAGCUGGGAAAAUUCAAAUGAGCUCUGCAACAUGCGACAUCAUCGAAAAAUACAAUCAGUUCCAAUACUCACCUAGGGGCCGAGUUAAAAUCAAGGGUAAAGGAGAAAUGAUGACUUAUUGGUUAGAAUCUUCUGAUCAAAGAACACGUGUCCAGCUGCUGUCAUGUUGACACACCUUUCUAAACGACCACGUCUGGCUAGCAGACGGGUGCAAAGGAUCCAGGAACGUGUGCUUGUCUACGGACAUAUGUCAUCGAUUAGAGGACAGAUAGACAGAAAGACUUAAUUAUAUACUGUGGUUUCAUCAAUAUUCGUUGAAUACCAAUUUUCGUGGAUUUCGUUCUUUAGUUGAUCCACGAAGUUUAAUUUCAUCGAAGUGCAAUUUCUAUUAACAUUUUGUAUUGAUAUGGUCAUUAGCCACGAAUUUACCUAUCCUUGAAACUGUGAUUUUCACUUCAUCCACGAAAAUUGAUACCCUUGAAUAUCAAUGAAACCACAGGAGAGAGAGAGAGAGAGAGAGAGAGAGAGAGAGAGAGAGAGAGAG